ACACACUUCAGGUCAGCAAUCUCCUACUCACCCAUCCGGCAUAAAAAGGUCUUCUCCUCUGUCCAACCCCAUUCAUACCAGCUACCCCUCCAGUACGAUGGACGAUCUUCAUGCACAGGCUCCAGUCCGCCGCCAGCCAGGUCAUCCUCCUUUUGUAUCUACGGCAAUACGACACGCUCAUUCUCGGUCACACCCCAGCCUUCUCCCUGGUCCCUUAUCUGCUUCAAAUUCCCAGUUGCUUUCAACAGGAUCCUCGCGAAUCAGCAAUAAGUAUCCUCAGCAUACUCAAUCAAAGGAUGGCGACAUUUAUAGCCGGCCUCCACUUCCACAACGGAUACAGCCACCAAACCAACAACUACAGCAAAACCGACACAGUUAUUCUCUUUCGCAGGAGCAAUACCGGAGCAUAGCCGACAACCCUGAUCCUUUUGCAGGGUCUCCAAGGGAUUACGAACAUGUUAGCGAAGCUCCGUAUUCCAAAAGUUUCCUGCAGGAUGAAGGCCCUCUGUCUGCUCAAGUAAAGUUGUUUCCAGAGGACGCUACAGUGCAGACAAACAACCGCAAGAGAAGCGGCUAUGGGGCUGAGAGACAGCGUUCUGUAUGCGGCCAGUACCGUCUCGAGGAUGGCAGGACAAGCGUUUCCUCCGCCUUUGAUCGUGAUGAGCAAGCCGAAGAGUAUUAUCAGGAUCAACUGGAUUUCCAGGAGACUGGGCGGUCUAGAAAACGACUAUCGAGAUCGGACUUGGACCUCUCUAGAUAUGGAUCGAAUUUACGAGGAGACAACUCCGUUAUAGAAACUUGGUCAGGACUUAGCUCUGAGCGACGUCGCCACCGGCCUCGAUCGUUAGUACUCGCUGAUGGCCGUAGCGAUUCAUCUCUACACUCGCUUGCCACAGCUCCCAAUGAAGCCGCCGUUGCAACUCCGCCGCGCCGCCUCGAAAAUAUGGUCAACGACAAUAGCUUAAAGUCUCACGAUCAUCGAAUGAUAUCCGACUUUUGCACCAGCACAGGUCGCUCUUUCCAUGGUCAUGCACGUUCUUCGGACCUUGCUAGUCAUCCAGCAUCUGCGAUAGAUCGUUCAGAGUAUAGUACCGCCCAUCACUAUCUCACCAACAACGGCCCCCAAUUGCCAUCAUUUUCCGGCCCUCCUUUGCAUCUAUAUCAGGCAUCCCCUCCUUUCGCCGCUUUUACUCAGCCUGACAGCCAAGAUGACCCCACCGAUAGCCUUUCACAGGUCGACAUUGUACAUCAAGAGCGCGACUUCGAUUCCUUUACGACAAUCGCAACGAGGGCUGACAGACUUUCUCGUGAGGCAUCGGUCCCAACACAUUCAGGGAGAAGUCGGAGCAGCACCAUAUCUGAUCAGACCAAGACAUUGAGCAAAAGGAUGCCAAAAAAAGGCCCCGGCCCAUAUCUGAAGAAGCAUCAGAUUUUACAACAGCAGCUACAGCAGAUGCAGCGCGAACAGGAGGCAGUGGAAAUGCAGUUGGUAAUGCAGCAGCAACACCAAGACUUGAACUUAAACAGACAUCACCAGCGUCAGCAUCUACGAGGCAUUCAGACGGAUGACGAGUUUUAUCCGCACCACCCUCAUCAGCAAAGCCAGCAGAGCCAGCAGAGCCAGCAGAGCCAGCCAGGCUGUUCUCCAAAGCAGCGUGCGCUGAUGCGGUCAGAAAGCGUAUCCUCCGGAUUACACACUCUUUAUUCACAAUCGGACUCCCUCUCCCAAAGCCGCUCACAGUCGCAACUACAGCAAGGUCAUCGGUCGGCACAGCCGCCGCAGUCAAGACGGUGCCAAAAUUACCAUCAGCCAAUAUUGUUGCGCCCAGUCUCGCUGCAAUCACUCACGGACGAUGACUCCUCGGCUUCAUACUAUAAUCAGCCUCCACCAGGCCAGCCUCUCUUCAGGUCCCUGUAUGCGCCUUAUCUAGUCUCCCCAUCAAGUUAUGUCAGCGCGGUAUCCAGUGUUAGUACAGGAACAGACCUGGACAUUGGUACUGGAUCAACAUUGCAUGUAAGGACCGAGUCCCCAGCUGAACUCUCUCGACCACCCUCGCCCGUCCAAUCUCCUGCCAUUUCACUACUGGCAACGCCAUCUUUUGCCGAGCCAAAUCGCUACGGCCCAUCGCAUAAUCAACAGGAACAGCAAGGAUAUUCCGAACAACAUCCACACCAUCGGUCUGAAUAUCGACAACAGGGCGUUUUUGUUAAUAAAGGCCGUGCAUACAGCGGCACUAUGUCACGGUCGAGCUCUAGAGGCGAUAUGAGCACUAGUAGUAGCGGCACUGCUCUCGCUCAUUCCAGUUCUCAACAGUCCCUCCACCGGCACUCCGCAUCCUUACCAGCGAUUCACUACAGCUUUUCAUCACAACAGCAUCAGCAGCAAACUCAUCCGCAUGUGCCAAGCUGUACCUCUGACCCAGCACGUCCUCCCAUCCGCAGGAUGAUCAGCCAGACGGACAUGUACAAAAAGUUGCAGUCUCCGUAUUCAGCAUCCUCUUUACCCCCACCUCCCCCGUUACUUUCUAAUGGGGCUCUGAUGUCAGCAAACGUAUCUGGAGAUGAAGAAGCCGUUCAGAAACUGCGGAUCGGGACACCGCCGCGCAAUCUGAUAGCUGAUUCAGCGGCUUAAUUUUUUUACUUCUUUUUCUUUUGACCUGUCGAGUUUACUUUUCUAUUCCUUUCAUCCGUCGAUUCGAUCAGUUUUGUUGCUUUUUGUCAUUCGACAACACCCAAUUAUUUUUAAAUGUGUUCUAAACGAGAAAUAUUUUAGGCACGACGCGAUGUGGCACAGGCUCAGCCUUCACAAGCAUUUGUACGACAAACGACUCUUGCAAAUGAAAUUGCGUAUAAACCUCCUCAUUGAUAGUGAGAUUGUACGCGAAAAAUAAAGCGCUCCUUCGAU